AUGUAUGUGCAUCCGAUUGUUCAGCCCAUGAGCCAAUCACUCGGCUCGCCUACCAUCGUAAACGGUGCUUAUCGAGUCAAUGCGAUUCCCGUCCUACAGCAGCAGUUUCUGUACACGACGCAGCCCAUGAUGGCGACGCAGUCCAUGAUUCAGACCAUUCCUGCCACCACGCCCAUGUACUCGGUGGCGCCGCCACGUCGGCAGAAGAAUAAGGGCAAUGCCGUGUUGUUUGUGGGGCAGUUAAACUAUGAUGUGACGGAGAAGGAUGUGCACCACCUCUUCUCCCACUAUGGCCAAGUGGUGAACGUUGUGCUGCUAAAAGACACCAAGCGCAACAGCAGUAAAGACGCAUCCUCUCCGCAGAAGAGCAGCAAACACGUCGUUGGCAGCUCGGCCUUCGUGACAUACCCGACGACCGCCGAGGCGGACUUGGCCAUCGUCUCUCUGCACAACCGCUACUGCAUGGACAACCGCGAUAAACCCGUGCAGGUCUCCUACUGCCAGAAGACAGACAUCAUCUCCGACUUCGGCUACCGCCAUGCAUUGCAGCUGCACUCCGAGAACCCUGCCAACCCAAUUCCUAGCAUCACCCCUACACCCUCUGUCGCCUACGCCGUCAAGUUUGCAUAA